AAUAUGCUGGACCCAGAGCACAAGGACAUCUCCAUAGACCUGGACACGUACCAUGCCAUCAUGAAGGAGUGGAUCGAUGAUUGCCACAACCAGGCGAAGGACUCAAAGAAUGACACCCAACAGGAAUCAUUCAAACUACGGGACAGUUUAUCAGCAAGAAGAUCUGCUCUACUAAAUAUGACCUCAGGUAGUCUUGAAGCAUUCGGAGGGGAAGCCUCCAGAGCUGACCUGGAGACAUCAGAUCUGGUCUUCUGUGUGGCAGAUCUGCAGCUAAAUAACCAAAAGCUGCAGGAGGAAGUUCGUAAACUGAAGCAGGCAGUGGAAAACAUGGAAGACACCAACCAGAAACUCAUCGAGGAAAAUGAAGAGCUCAAAGCACAAGCUAAAAUGGGGCAGCAGUUAUUACAGAAGGAGAAGAUGCUUAAAGAGGAAGUUGAGGAGAUGAAGCUGAACCUGACCUCUUCAGAAGAGAGUCGAGCUCAGGCCUCAGCUCAAAGAAAGCAGAUGGAACGGGAAAACCAGAGUCUUGUAUCCAAAAUUGCUGCACUACAAGAGGAGAACAUGAAAGUCACACUGGAGGCAGAAGAGCUUCAGAAAAAGAUCAGUGACCACCGUGACCUUAAUGCUGACCUUCAGGUCCAAGUUCAUUCAUUUGAUGCCAUUCUGGCUGACAAGGAGUCGAUAAUUCAGGAGAAAAAUAAACAGAUAGAUGUACUGAAGGUGGCCAUUGUGGAGUAUUCCUCAGUUACAGAGGUGACCUCCAAUUCUCUUUUUCUCUCUCCGUCUCUAAUAUCAGUAAUCUGUCAUUAAUACCACAGCGCUGUUUAAUUCUACUUUUCUAAAACUGCUUGGCUAUUAAAGGGGUCGUAUGAUGUUG